AACAACCACAACAACCGUCCCCACAACAACAACUACAGCUGCCCCCACCACAACCACAACAGCUGCCCCAACAACAACCACAACAACCGCCCCCACGACAACAACUACAGCUGCCAUAACCACAACCACAACAGCUGCCCCAACAACAACCACAACAACCGCCGCCACGACAACAACUACAGCUGCCCCAACAACAACCACAACAACCGCACCCACAACAACAACUACAGCUGCCCCAACCACAACCACAACUACAGCUGCCCCAACCACAACCACAACAGCUGCCCCAACAACAACCACCACAGCAGCACCAACAACAACCACAACAACCGCACCCACGACAACAACUACAGCUGCCCCAACCACAACAACUACAGCUGCCCCAACAACAACCACAACAACCGUCCCCACAACAACAACUACAGCUGCCCCCACCACAACCACCACAGCAGCACCCACAACAACCACAACAACCGCACCCACGACAACAACUACAGCUGCCCCAACAACAACCACAACCACGACAACCGCCCCCACGACAACAACUACAGCUGCCAUAACCACAACCACAACAGCUGCCCCAACAACAACCACAACAACCGCCCCCACGACAACAACUACAGCUGCCCCAACAACAACCACAACAGCUGCCCCAACAACAACCACAACAACAGCCCCCACGACAACAACUACAGCUGCCCCAACAACAACCACAACAACCGCCCCCACGAGAACAACUACAGCUGCCCCAACAACAACCAUAACAACCGCCCCCACAACAACAACUACAGCUGCCCCAACAACAACCACAACAGCUGCCCCAACAAAAACCACCACAGCAGCACCAACAACAAUCACAACAACCGCCCCCACGACAACAACUACAGCUGCCCCAACAACAACCACAACAGCUGCCCCAACAACAACCACAACAACCGCCCCCACGACAACAACUACAGCUGCCCCAACAACAACCACCACAGCAGCACCAACAACAACCACAACAACCGCACCCACAACAACAACUACAGCUGCCCCAACCACAACAACUACAGCUGCCCCAACAACAACCACAACAACCGUCCCCACGACAACAACUACAGCUGCCCCAACAACAACCACAACAACCGCCCCCACGAUAACAACUACAGCUGCCCCAACCACAACCACAACAACCGUCCCCACAAC